AAAACAACAACACAACUUUGGCAUAUGGUGAUGCAAAAUUGGAUAAAUUAACAACCCAAAUCAAAAAUAGGAAAAGAUAAAAUGAAGUCAUACACACAUAUACUGUACACAGCGCUGCAUAUAUUUACAAUUGCCACACUAACAACACACGGUGCACAAAUCUCAACAAAAGAAGCACUCGUAGAGUCUGAUGUUGAUGCACCGCCUCCAUCUACAAAGCCUGCGAUCGAACCAACAGUACGAAUAAAAUGCCUCUCAGGUGCAAUGCUGAUCACAAUCAAAGAUGCGCCACCAAGUCAUGAGAGUGGCCUAUUUAAUGGCAUGGUCUAUCCGAAAGGCUUGUCGAAGAAUUCCACAUGCCUAACAGAAUACAGAGAUCACGAGGGGCCUUUGAGGUAUAAAUUACCAUUGCGUAGUUGCAACACAAUGCCACAAGAAACGGACGACGGACGUAUUGAAUUCUUCAAUACAAUCGUUCUGCAACCGCACCUUAAACUUAUCACCGACUUAGGUCGUGGUUAUCACGUGCGUUGUGCGUAUAAAAGUCGUGAUGCUGCAACACGAAAACAACACAAACCCAGUUCCAAGCAAGUAAAGCAUGCACAGAAACCCCAAGCAUUCCAUAGCGCUGAUAGUGAAGUAACCGAUAGACGCGACUAUGGACGUUCAUUGGAUAAAUAUCGUGCAACUGGUGAUGAACUAGAUGAAGAUGAUGUCUUCGAUGAUGAAUCCGCUGCUAAUGCAGAAGCGAAUGAGGAAUUAAAUGAAAUUCCUAUGCCAGGUUGUCAUAUGAAAAUUUAUAAUGCAGAACAUAAAAUUGCCGAUGAUGUCAAAAUAGGAGAUCCAUUAACGAUGGUUGUAAGCAUUGAUAAGCAAGAUGUGUAUGGCUUACAUGUAACCGAUUGUACUGUACGUGAUGGUUUGGGUUGGGGUGAACAACGACUUUUGGGUGAAGAUGGUUGUCCAAUGGAUAAUGAAAUAAUGGGACAAUUCAAUUACACUACUGAUCGCAUGGCAGCGAAUGUUACAUUCCCAGCACAUAAAUUCCCGUACACCACGUCUGUCUACUAUCAAUGCAAUGUGAGGUUGUGUGCCUUGCAGGAUCCCGAAUGUAAAGUGGCUCCUACUUGCAGUGGCAAACGACCAAAACGACAAACUAACGCCGAUAACAAAGACGAAGAACAAGCAAUCAUUAAAGUGGAUACUGGUCUUUAUGUGAAUGAAAAUGUUGAUGUAACAGAAGAUGAUGAAGAUUCAGUCUUCAAAGAAAAAACACUUGAUGACGCUUUGUGCGUAUCGCAACGUACAUUCGCCAUUGCCAUAGCAAUUGCCGGUCUCAUUCUAAUGUUGGCCGUCGUUGCCGCUGUCUUGUGCAUAAUGGCCAGAAGAAGCACUAAGACGGUAUCCAAUUCGGGCAGCUCCAUUUACAGUGGACCAUAUACAAAUACGGCUUUCUCGCAUAGCAGUUAAGUAGCUCAUAAGUAUUGCCAUUGCUACAAAGCAGUACAUAUACUUAUUAAAUUAUUCGGUCUAUACUAUUAAAAUUUAUUUAAAUUUGU